GCAAAGCAAUAGUUCUGUAAUUCGAUCAAACUCCCCAACAACAACAUCUCAGAUUAUGGCCAGAAAGAAAAGAAGAGGGAUUAUAGAAAAAAGGCGCCGUGAUCGUAUAAAUAACAGUUUAUCAGAGCUGAGGCGGCUUGUGCCAACUGCUUUUGAAAAACAAGGGUCUGCCAAAUUAGAAAAAGCGGAAAUACUGCAAAUGACAGUGGAUCAUCUGAAGAUGCUGCAGGCGACUGGAGGUAAAGGUUAUUUUGAUGCUCAUUCUCUGGCCAUGGAUUUCAUGAGCAUUGGUUUCCGGGAGUGCUUGACAGAAGUCGCGAGGUACCUGACGUCGGUGGAAGGCCUUGACACGUCCGACCCCCUGCGCGUUAGACUCGUGUCUCACCUGAGCACCUGUGCCUCUCAGAGGGAAGCCGCUGCCAUGACCUCCUCCAUGGCCCACCACCACCACCCCUUGCACCCUCACCACUGGGCAGCUGCCUUUCAUCACCUCCCGGCCGCUUUGCUGCAGCCAAACGGACUCCAUGGCUCCGAUGCUGCCCCGUGCAGACUCUCCUCGGAUGUGCCCCCCCACGGCUCUGCCCUGCUCACAGCCACCUUCGCCCACGCCGACGCUGCGCUCCGAGUCCCCUCCGCUGGCAGCGUUGCUCCCUGUGUCCCUCCUCUCUCUACCUCCCUCUUGUCCCUCUCUGCUACUGUUCAUGCUGCAGCA